CUGGCUGAUACUCUGGUCGAUUGGAUUAAUAGGGAAUUGAUUGACGACCGAAUCCUCGUGAGGGACAUCGAGGGAGACUUUUAUGAUGGCCAGGUGCUUCAGAAACUCCUGGAGAAGUUCACCAAGCGGUCCACUAACUACCCUGAGCUCACUCAGACUGAAAUGGGACAGCGUCAGCGUUUAAAGGUAGUACUGGAGGAAAUAAACAACGCCCUCGGUGUCUCAGAGGCCUAUGCCGCUCAACAAUGGCCUAUCUCCGCCAUCUUUACCAGAGACUUGGUAGCCACCCUGCGUCUGCUGGUAGCGCUUGCCCGCCGUUUUGCUCCGCUCAUUCGUUUGCCGGCGGGUGUUCACCUAACUGUGCUUAUCGUGAGGAAACUGAAUGGUGUCCUGCAGCACCGAAGACAAGCCGAGAUGAUCACAGAGGCCGAGGACAUCCAAGGUGAGCUUAUCGCAGACGCCUACGUGAAUCGCUAA